AUGAUUAUCAACAUACUAACAUUCAUAUGUGUAACAGCUGCGCAUCAAUUACCACUCGCUGAUACGAACGUUGUAUAUUCAAAUAGAUUGCUGGAUGCUUCCAGUUGUUCAUUCAUUCCGGAAACGAUUGCUACUGAUUCUAGUGACUCUUUCACUAUUUCGCAAGCGGACACCAAUGAAUUUCUGUCUAACUUAAAGAAGUCUACGCUAGAUAACUUAUUAUUGCGUAACGAACGCUCAACAUCACUCAGUGAUAGUAAUCGUGAUGAGCAACUCGUGCUUGAAAAUAAUACCGAGGAAGAAUGGAAUUAUCUAUUGACUUCGGGACCACUUACAAUCAACCGUCUGAAUAGUCUACUUGUAUAUGGUAGUAAAAAGGACUUUCCGCUCAUUUCUCCAGCGAAUUUUCAAUUUCUUUACGUAAAAAAUUCAACGUCAUUUCGUGCAACGAUAAUUUGA